AUCGCCUGAAACCCUAACUGUCACUCGAACUCCAACAAGCAGAAGAUGGCGAUAUGGUGGCGUGGCGUGAGAUCCGCGGCGGAGGCAGCUAAUCUGCCAGCAGCAUACUCAUUCGGUCGAUCGAUUCGUUGUUUACAUCAGUAUGAGACGAUUCAGGCGAUACCACGAGAGGCUACGGGGCGAAGAGUAUCGGCUCGUGAUCGGACGAUUGGCCGGAUUCCCGCCGUGGUUUUCACCCAAUCGCUUCUCGAGACUGACGCUUCGAAGAGAGGCGUUUCGAGGAAGCAGCUUUUGACGGCCGAUAAGAAGCAGAUCAAGUCGAUUGUUGACUCUGUGGGUCUCCCGUUCUUCUGUUCGACUACUUUCAAGCUCCAGGUCAGAGCUGGUCAAGGCUCUUCGUCGCUGGUUGAGUCGGGUCGUGUACUUCCCCUCAAGAUUCAUAGAGAUGAAGAGAGUGGGAAGAUACUUAAUUUAGUGUUCGUGUGGGCUAAUGAUGGAGAGCAGCUGAAGGUUGAUGUUCCAAUUGUUUUCAAAGGAUUAGAUGAUUGUCCCGGUCUUAAGAAAGGGGGAAAUCUACGGUCAAUGCGAAGCACUCUGAAGCUUCUAGGCCCAGCGGAACACAUUCCAUCGAAAAUCGAAGUGGAUGUGAGCAAACUGGACAUAGCGGACAAAGUGUUAAUGCAAGAAGUUGAAUUCCAUCCAUCGUUGAAGCUGUUGAGCAGGAAUGAGACAUUGCCUGUGUGUAAGAUUGUUGCCACAAGCCCGGUCAAAGAACCAGAAGCUGUUCAAGCAUAGAAUAAGUCCUUCAACUUUAGAAGGAGAGAAGCACCCUUCAAGUCCUCUCUAGCUACUUAUUUUUUUGUUCUAGAACGAAGCAAAUUCAGUUUGAAUUGCUGAUCAACAACAUAUCUGUUUUUGAGUCUUUCUUCGGAAUGUUACUUUAACUAGUAGUAUCCGAUUCUUCGCAAGAGUCAGAACAACUUGAAUUUGGUCGUUACCAGUGAAAAUAAAAGCCCAACAACGACUUGGUCCA